UUUUUUUUUACAGGACGCGUUCUAGUACAGUGCAAUACUGCGCAACAAACGCGCCCUGCAUCUUCUUUAUCAUAUACACCAAAUCGUUUUUGUUAUAUUUUCUGACUUAUACAGCGACUUCCUUAACCUCCCUUAAGCUCCUCCUUUUCUAGUUUUUCUGUUUUCUUCUCCUUCACCGCUUCAGAGACCACUCCUGCAGAUCUUUUUUUGUUUUGGCUAAAAGAAUUCUUUUGAGCAGAAACCACAUCGCUUGAUAUUUUACUCCUCUCCAAUUCUCCUAUUCACCCCCUUUUUUUAAGCAAACAAAAAAAUCUCCCAUUUCCUUUGUUUCUUGUUUAAUGAAAAAAAAAAUUGUUUUGUUACUGUCUCUGUUUUAAUUUCAUUUGCUUUCUUUCCCUCUAUUUUUCAAAUGUAAAAAUACGAGUGAGGGAGGAAAGAAAAAGGGUUGAAAAUGGUCGAUAUUGCUGGGAAUGUCGCAGGUAUUGUGAGCGCUGUUCUCGAUGUUGACAAGUGCUUUAUGUACUUGCUCAACCACAAGAGCAACAUAAGAAUUCUCGAAAGAGAAGUUGGGAAGCUGAAGGUUGCAAGAGAUGAAGUGGAGCGUAAGGUUGAAGUUGCUAGAAACAAUGUGGAAAUGAUUGAAGAGAUUGUUGAGCAGUGGGUAAUUAAAGUGAACUCCAUCGUUCCUGAAUCAGAGACGUUGAUUAAAGAGAGAGCAAACGUCCGAUGUUUCAGCUUGAAAGCCGGCUACAAACAGAGCAGGAAAGCAUCGAAAAAGGUGCAGGAUGUUGCUGAACUCCUGCAUCUACAAGAAGCAUUCGGCGAUCAAGUUUCCCGCCCUAUCAUUCAUGAAGACACGAGGCUUAUAUUGAAUAAAGAUUACUUGGCCUUUCAAUCACGAUCGUCCACUUUGGAGGAUGUAUUGAAGGCAUUAAAGGAGGCCGAGGUGGACAUUAUUGGGGUUCAUGGGAUGGGUGGCAUCGGUAAGACCACCCUAGUCAAAGAAGUUGGUAGGCAGGCCAAGGAAGACAAGCGAUUUGAUAAGGUGAUUUUUGUAGAGGUAACUGACACUCCGAACAUAGAAAAGAUACGAGAAGAAAUCGCGAAUGACUUAGGUUUGAAAUUUGAUGAUAAGGGGACUGAAAGUGGAAGAGUAAAUAAAUUAUUUGCACGAUUGAAGAAGGAGAAGACAAUCCUAAUAAUUUUAGAUAAUAUUUGGGUCGAUCUUGAUCUGGAGAAACUAGGAAUUCCUUUUGGUGAAAAUCAUAAGGGAUGUAAACUAUUGUUGACAGCACGGGAUCGAAAUGUGUUGGACAGCAUGGGUGCAAAGUCUUUCUCGAUUGACGUUUUGAAGGAAGAUGAAGCUUGGAGGUUGUUUAGAAAGAUGACAGGUGAAGUUGUUGAUACGUGUGAGUUGCAUUCUCUGGCGAAUGAGGUAUGCAAGGAAUGUGGUGGUUUACCCAUUGCCAUCGUUACUGUAGCAAGGGCAUUAAUGAAAAAGAGACAACUAUCUCAAUGGAGGAAAGCCUUGCGAGAAUUGAGAAAGCCUUCCCCAUCAGAGUUUGAUGGAGUGCUAAAAGAUGCAUAUUCAAAGAUAGCAUUGAGUUACAAUUAUUUAAAAGGUGAGAAACUCAAGAAAGUUUUUUUGCUCUGCAGUAUAAUGACACAUGAUGCUUCCAUUUCAAAUUUGUUCAAAUUCGUUAUAGGUUUGAAUAUACUUGAAGGAAAUAAUCUUAAAAUAGAAGAAGCACGAGAUAGUCUAGAUGAUCUUCUUCUUAAACUCAAAGAAUCUUGUUUAUUACUUGAUUGUUCAAGUGAACGAUUUUUUAUGCAUGAUGUUGUUCGGGAUAUUGCUAUAACAAUUUCAUAUAAAGACCAUCAUGUAUUUACAGAGAGAAAUGAUGUUAAAAAUGAUUGGAAAAAUAUAGAUAAACUCAUGAAGUGCACCAAAAUCUCCUUAGCUAGUAGUGAUAUUAUUAGUAAACAUUGGGCUGAAGGUUUAGAAUGUCCAGAACUUGAAUUUUUCUAUAUGGUUAUGGAAGAUUCUUCUUUCAAAUAUCCUGAGAAAUUUUUCUCGAGGAUGGCAAAGCUCAAAGUUUUAAGAUUGAAUUGUUUUCCAUUAUCAAUUAGUCUUCCAUUAGGCCUUCAAACAUUGUGUUUGGAUGGGAGCGAAAUUGGAGAAGUUGCUAUGAUAGGAGAGUUGAAGAAACUAGAGAUCCUUAGCUUGUGAGGUUGUCGUAAUAUUAAGCAAUUGCCUAAAGAAAUAAGUCAACUAACUCAACUAAGGUUGUUAGAUUUAAGCUUUUGUACGAAUCUUCAAGUUAUCACACCAGAUGUCAUAUCAAGCUUAGUGUCGUUGGAAGAAUUAUACAUGAGAGGAUGCUCUGUUCUAUGGGAGGUCAGAGGACCCAAUGUUGAAAGAAAUAAUGCUAGUCUUGAGGAGUUGCUUCGUUUGUCUUUUCUCACCGCUCUGGAAAUAGAUAUUAAAGGUGUGAAGAUUUUGCCAAAAGGCUUUUUCUCCAAAGAAUUGAAACGAUACCAUAUAUCAGUCAACCAUGAUGAUGUGAGCUUCAUGCAUCCCUGGAACUUUGGGUUUCACUGGCACAUGAGAACAAUCAAAUUAAAGCUUAAUUCUUCAAUUUGCUUAUCGGAAUUGCAGGGAAUCAAGAGUGUUGAAUUCUUAUGUUUAGAUGAAUUGCAGAAUGUCAAGAAUGGUCUUCAAGAAUUAGACAAUGAUGGUUUUUCACAAUUGAAACAUCUCUGUGUCCAUAAUAAUCCUAACUUGUUGUGUCUAGUUGACUCAACAAAAUGCGUAACUGCCUUCCCCCUCUUGGAGUCACUGAUUCUUUUCAAUAUGAUUAAUUUGGAGAGGAUAUGUAAUGGUCAACCAUCAACAAAGUUCCUCUGCAAUUUAAAAUCCGUAGAAGUGAAAGGUUGUGACGAAUUGAAAUUUCUCAUCUCUUUUUCCAC